GACGCUGGGCUGUACUGAAAAUUCUUCAAAAGUUUACGUCGAGCGAGAUAAAGAUGCGUUGCUGCGUAGCUGCGCUGUGUGUGGCGCUGUCGCUGACGCUGGCGGUGGUGGCUGCGGCCGACGCUCCUCAUGACGCGCCUCCACCUCAAUCGGACACUGACAUGGAACUAACGGAAGAAGAUAAAAGAGCAUGGUCAAGUCUCCACGGUGGCGGCGGAUGGGGUAAACGUGGCUGGCAAGACAUGAGCUCUGCCUGGGGCAAACGUGGGUGGCAAGAUCUGAAUUCUGCUUGGGGUAAGCGCGGCUGGCAGGACCUUAACUCAGCAUGGGGCAAACGCGGCUGGCAAGACUUGAAUUCGGCCUGGGGAAAGAGAGGUUGGCAAGAUUUAAAUACCGCGUGGGGCAAACGCGCAUGGAGGGAUUUAUACCAGACUCCAUGGGGCAAGAGAGGCUGGCAAGACCUUAACUCUGCUUGGGGCAAGCGUGGUUGGCAAGACAUGAGCUCUGCGUGGGGCAAACGUGGCUGGCAAGACAUGAGCUCCGCUUGGGGCAAACGUGCACCUGAGAAAUGGUCUAACUUCCACGGUUCUUGGGGCAAGCGAUCCGGACCCGAGCCUGACUACGAAGACUACGAAAUCGCCUACGAACAUCUCAUCCCUGUUCAACAGGUGGAAGCCGAUCGCCUAGCUAUGGACGCUCCUGAAAAGAAAGCAUGGUCAUCGCUGCACGGCGCCUGGGGCAAGCGACCCAUGAAGCAAGCGCAAUACAACAGCGGAGCGUAUUACUGGAAGAGGGAGCCCGGCUGGACGAACUUAAGAGGCAUGUGGGGCAAGCGGUCUCCGGCGAGCGACCUGCCCCUAGACGACGAACACGACGGAGCCACCGGGGACGAGGCCUAGACCACUGGCAGCUCUAACACAAACGAGAUUAUAUUAAAGUCUUAUCAAAACUACGAUGUAUAAUGUCCUUGAAUGAAUAAUUGUCUAUGUUUCGUCACUAUCGCGUACUCUUUCUACAUCCGAGCACGACGCAGUGCGGAGUUGGUUUACUUUGGCGGUAGCAGUUCCUAGUUGUUUUGUUUAUAACAUCAUCGAUUCAACAAAGUCUUCAAUACGAAUCGUACAAAUAUAGCUCUUACUAAUUGUCACCUUCUAGAUUAUUACAUUAACAUAUUAAGUGUGAUUCUGAGUUACUUCAAAUGGAACGGACUCAUAAAUUGCCAGCUCUUUCACACUCUGAAUGUCAGAAGGAGUUAGCGUUGUUCCAGUUCUAUAUGAAGUAAUUUAUAUGUUUUUAAAUAAGAUAUUUAUUUUUACGUUAUCUGUAUACGUAGUGUAUAAGAUAAUAUAACGAGGGAUGGUGUAACUAUGUAUGUAAUAGUUAGUUGAAUUAAUUACAGUAGCUAUGUAUGAAUAAUUGUAUUUUAUUAGUAAAGUUGAUGUACAUUGAUGGGCUUCGUUCGGUGUUGACGUUUGUCCAAUAUAAGUUUA